UCCUGCUCGCGAUGCUUCCAGUUUGGAAGUGGAAUUCCCGCCUAAACAGUGAAGAAGGACGAAUCCAGAAGAAAAAUGUCAGGGAACGCAAAUACGAAUACGAAGGAAGAUGUUGAUCGAUUGUUCGAAUGCUUCAAGUGCGGCAUUUCUCCUCCUGCAUCUGCUAUGAGAGAAAAAAAAAGAAGCAAAAGCAAAUUGAACAAAGAAGAUUCGACAUGCGAAGUCUCUGCUUCCGUUGGUAUGAAAUCUCCGGUAUCAGCAGGAGGAGGACAAGCAAAUGCAGCAGGCGCGCAUCUCUGCAUGGAAAAAUCUGGCUCUGCAAUGGUUACAGACAAAUUUAACCACCGCACUCAGAUCUCUCCAGUCGUGUUUUAUGGGUCGCCACAUGGAGUUCCUCCAAAAAGGCCAUUGAGUUUGUUGCGAUUGUUACGUGAAAUACAUGUUGAUCUCAAAGAACAAAGUAAAUCAACCUUAAGCAGUGAAGUGUGGGCCACAUUUCCAAGGCAGGAGGAAGCAAUGAAGUUUGCAAAAGGAAAUGAACUUCUACGUAUUUUUAGUUAUCAAGAUCAUUUUAAUGGACAAAGAAGAUAUCUUGCCUCUACAUACAAGGAGUUCUGGAAGAGGUACCAAAAUAUGGAUUCAAAAUACCGCCACCAUUAUGAAGUGGUUCAGGAGGGUUUACCAUGCCAUCUCUACUUUGACUUGGAGUUCAAUAAAGGAGACAAUGUGGGAAAAGAUGGUGAUGAGAUGGUUGAUCUUUUGAUUGCAGUCACUCUCGAAGCCUUGCUCGAAAAGUACUCUAUUGAAGGAAAUCAUGAUUGGGUAGUUGAGCUCGAUUCCUCUACAGCAGAUAAGUUUUCUCGUCACUUAAUUGUCCGUAUACCAGAAACUGCUUUUAAGGACAACUCUCACACGGGUGCAUUUGUUGCUGAGAUAUGCUCACGGAUAGUAAGCACCGGGGAAGGGGGAAGAUUUGGGAAAUUGUUUAUAAAAAAAGAUUCCUGCUCAUCUGACUUGUCAAGCCACCUUUUUGUGGACACUGCUGUCUACUCAAGAAAUCGUUGCUUUCGUUUGCCACUAUCUUCAAAGGCAGGAAAAACGUCUGUCCUUUUGCCUACGGGGCGUUUCAAAUGUAAUGGCAUGCAUGAGGAAGACAUGUUCAUGGCAUCCUUGAUCUGCAAUAUGGAUGUUGAUUGUGAGAAAUUUCUUGUCUGCAAAAUGGAGUUAGAGUGUGUGAAGACCCUGCAGUUUGAUACAGAGGUUAACCAUAAUAUUGGAAGAUGGUCCAGUUCUUCUCAGGAAUUUCAAUUAAAUGCUAGCACUAGUGAUGUUCCAUCAUCAUACCUCAUGGGAAAAUCACCUUUCCCAGUGUUGGACCAUUUUAUAGAAUCUAUUGCUACCAUUGGGAACGUCUCAGGGAAAAUAAGAUGCUGGUAUUGGUUUUCGGAAUAUGGAUUGAUUGUCUACAGCAUGUUGAGAAAUAGAUACUGUGCGCGAAUUGGUCGACAGCAUAAAAGCAAUCAUGUGAUGUAUGUUGUUGACCUGGGAAGAGCUGUAUAUUACCAGAAAUGUCAUGACCCAGAUUGCAGAGGCUACCGGUCUCCAUUGUGUCUAGUGCCGAUGGAUAUCAUUCCUGAUCCUUCAUGUUGUUUUGGUUCGGGGCAGACAGGUCAUCACAAAAAACAAAUUAAUAACUUCAAAGACCAGUUUGUUUAUACUGAACAGGAAUUGGGUUCUUCGCAAAGCAACAAUGGACACAGUGUAGAGUGUUCCAGUAAGAAGUCCUGGUGGCUUGAAGCGGUAAAAGUUGCAGAUGAUCUCGAAAGUAAACCAAAGGAAUUGGGAUUCAUCAACAUGGAGAUCACCGAGGAUGAAGAUGACGGCUGGUGGAUGGCUGCGGAAUGGACCCUGUCCCAGGCUGAACUUACGCACUCGAACUGAUUCGUUAAGUGUCAAAAAAGAAAAUCUAGAAGCUAAAGGUUAGCUGAAGGAAAAAGAGAGAGUAGUGGAAAUGCUACAUACUCUCAAGGAAAUGUUUACCAGCAUGGAGAGGAGGAGAAUCAUUUUUCAAGUCAUUUUAUUGAUGCUUCUUUUGGGCAGAUACGUAUGUUUUAACAGCAUGAAGAGUCAUUUUUUAGGUCAUGUUAUUGAUGUUCCAUAGCCGAGCUGUGUCUCUUAACAUGUUUUUCAAGUCUUCAGUCGGCCACUGCCUUUUCCCUAUUUUUUUCUCCAAGGCAGUAGAAUAUCCGGUUGUUAAAUAGAUGAUUAAAAUCGAUAGGAUGACAGACAAAAUAGAUUAUGUUACUAAUAAUUUUAUUAUAUUUUAUUCCA